AUGCGAAGCUCAUCUAAAGUUUGGCAGUAUUUUGAGCCAAAUGGAGAGCAAGUUGUGUGCUUAAAAUGUCGAGAGAUGAAUCAGCAACGAGGAAUUUAUAAAAAGGAUCCAACAGGAGGAACGGGACAUCUCAAGAGACACAUCAGAAUUGAACAUCCAGAGAUCUUUGUGGAAUUGACUGGCGAGAAUCCCUCAUUUUCCGGAUCAACCACUCCAUACCCUCAACGACCAAAGAGAUUGACAGCCGGCCGCAAGAAACAUAUCAUUUUAUUUGGAGAUGAAAGGCAAACAGUGACUGAAACACUGAAAUUUCGCUUGGAUUUGAUUAAACUCGUUGAAAAGCAUCCCGAAUUAUGGAAUAGAGACUCGUUCGGUUAUCAAAAAGCUGAUUUAAUGUAUCAAGGAUGGGAAGAUGUCGGAAAAACGUUGUCCGAAAGAUUCUCAAUCGAAAUUACAGGAGUUGAUUGCAAGAAGCUCUUUGACUCUCAACGUUGCUAUUAUCGAGUUCAUCGAAAGCGCCUUCGUACUCAAACAAUCGUCAAAUGGCCUUAUUGGGAAGCGCUUCAAUUUUUGUCACCAAUGUAUGAGAAAAUGGAAAAUGAAUCAGUUUCAAAUCUCGGAUUGCCAUCUUCAUUCCCAAAAAUUUAUGAAGAUCUUCAAUCUACUUCAUCCUUUGAUUACAAUAAACUGAAAGAUGAGAUUAUUGAUGUGCCCACAUCAAACGAUUAUUCAAAUUUCCCCAAUGAUUUCAUGGAUGUGAAAGUUGGAAAGCCGCUAGACUUGGAACAAUUGCUGAGUUUUCCAUCAGAGACAAGUGCUGGAGAAAUUUACGAAGAGACCAGCCAAGCGAAUGAACAUUCUCAGCCAACAGCCAAUCAUUACUGGAUUAAAAGCUCAAUGAGAAGAAAUCGUCGACAGAAACGAACAAAUUUUGGAAUGAUUAAGAAAAAGUUGUUAUUAGAGGAGUUGAAAAGAUCAAAGCUGCAAACGAAAUUGGUUCGAGUGCGAUUAGAGAGAGCGAUGCUGUUAAAAGAGAUCACUUGCAGAGAGCUAGAGAAGUCCGGGUUGAAUGAUGGUGGAAAUGAA